UUUUCUUUUCUUUUGAAAAAAUGGAAACAGCUGGAGUUUCAGUUUAAAGAGGAGGAAGAAAGGAGGGAGAAGAAGACUUAGCUUACACAGUACACGUCAUCUGCUCCAUCGAAUAACCUCUUCAUUCGGCUCCAAGCUCAAACGAACUGCUAGCUAGCCAGGCAGAGAGGAGAAUAUCUUAAAGUUGAUGCUCUUGGAGUGAAGGAACAGCAACAGCACCUGAUUCACUUUUGUGGGUCGAUUUCAAGUUUGGAUUUUUGUUUACGUUUCUCUGAUUGGUGAGAAGGUUAUGGCGUUUUGCCCCAUGUUUUGUUGCGGAAAUGUUUCCGAUCGCAAGGCACGGGGGAAGAAACAACCUCCAUGGCGGGUGUUUUCUCUGAAGGAAUUACAUUCAGCUACCAAUAAUUUCAACUAUGAUAACAAGCUUGGCGAAGGCGGAUUCGGGAGUGUCUACUGGGGUCAGCUUUGGGAUGGAUCACAGAUUGCUGUGAAAAGAUUGAAAGUUUGGAGCAGCAAAGCAGACAUGGAAUUUGCUGUUGAAGUUGAGAUAUUGGCAAGGGUUCGACACAAGAAUCUUCUAAGUCUGCGUGGCUAUUGCGCUGAAGGUCAGGAACGAUUAAUUGUGUAUGACUACAUGCCGAAUUUGAGCCUAGUCUCUCAUCUUCAUGGGCAGCACUCGGCUGAAAGCCUUCUUGAUUGGAAGCGACGGAUGAUUAUUGCAAUUGGCGCUGCCGAGGGAAUUGCGUAUCUUCACCACCAAGCAACACCACACAUCAUUCAUAGAGAUAUCAAAGCAAGCAAUGUGUUGUUGGAUUCAGAUUUCCAAGCACAGGUUGCUGAUUUUGGUUUCGCCAAGUUGAUCCCGGAUGGGGCAACGCAUGUGACUACUAGAGUUAAAGGCACUCUUGGCUACUUAGCACCAGAGUAUGCUAUGUUAGGUAAAGCAAAUGAGAGUUGUGAUGUAUACAGUUUCGGUGUUCUUCUUCUAGAACUUGCCAGUGGCAGAAAACCACUUGAGAAACUCAGUAAUGCAGUGAAGCGCACCAUCAGUGAUUGGGCACUGCCUUUGGCUUGUGAGAAGAAAUUCAGGGAAAUUGCAGAUUCAAGACUUAAUGGGGACUAUGUGGAGGAAGAACUUAGAAGAGUUGUUUUGAUUGCUCUUAUAUGUGCUCAGAGUCAAGCUGAGAAAAGACCAACCAUGCUUGAGGUGGUGGAGCUACUCAAGGGUGACUCCAAAGAUAAGAUUUCUCAGUUGGAAGCCAAUGAACUCUUUAUCAGCUCUGUAACUGUUGGACAUGACCAUGGAAGCAGUUCAGACAUCAUUUCAGAGGAGAACCAAUCAAAACAUCAAUUGGAACACAUGAAAAGUGCAUAGGAGACAAUUAUGGAUUUUGAUUUGUCAAAGUUAUCAGGACUUUUCUUUUUCUUUUCCCCUCCUAAUAUUGCAUUGGAAACUGGGUGCCCAUUUAUUUGAGCUGCGGCGGGGGCCAUGUAUUUCUACACCCUCUUAAUAUUAUAUAUGGUUGUGGCUGUAAAGUGUGCAGGAAGUAUAUUGAAUGCCUCUAAGUACAAAUGGGAAUGGGAUCGAGCCAUGUACAGCACAUUGUAACGGGCUAACGGUUCAACGUAUCCUCUAUAAAUGAUUUUCAUUUCUAAGAGAAGUGUGUAAAUUAACGCACAAAUAUCCAGUACUACAAGUUAUCAAA